CCGGGCUCCGGCGCGCUCACAUGCUCCGCUCCUCGCUGCGACUGACCUCGCGAGUCCCUGCCGCGUCGCAGCGGCUCGCGCGCCCGGCGCUGCUCGCGCGCCGCGGGCUCGCGACCAAGUUCAGCAAGGACCACGAAUGGGUGAAGGUCGAAGGCAAAGUCGCGACGGUCGGUAUCACCGACCACGCGCAGGAGCAGCUUGGCGACGUCGUCUUCGUCGACCUCCCAGAGGUGGGCGCAGUCGUGAAAAAAGACGAUACCAUGGGCGCGGUCGAGUCGGUGAAGGCGGCGAGCGACGUGUACGCCCCAGUCUCGGGAGAAGUCACCGACGUCAACGGGGCGCUGAACGACGAGCCCGCAUUGAUCAACAGCAGCGCCGAGUCGGACGGCUGGAUGUGCAAGGUCAAGCUAUCGAAACCGGACGAGCUGGACGGCUUGAUGGAUGCGGAUGCGUACAAGAAAUUCUGCAACGAGUAGUGUAGCAGCGCGCCGAGACUGGGCAGGGAAGCGGUACGGUGGCUGGGCUGGGCAGGGUUGCGCCUUCCCCUUUUUGUCGCUCACAUAUCUGUUGUUAGAUAACGUCUCUCGUCUGCUGAA